GGUUGCCGCAUUCAUGGUACUUUUAUCUCAAUGACGUUGGUUUGUUGUGAUUUGGAAAAAUUCAAAUUUACGCCACAAGUUGGAAAAGUCCGUUUUCCAAAUGGUUGAAAUAUCAUCAGACGGUAGUUUGCUUUUAUUUUUUUACCCCAUCAAAAUCCCAUGGUAGAAAUAAGUAAGGUGUUGGGUUAUUUUCUGCAAAAUGUUCGAUUUUCGUUAUUUCGUCCAAAUUGAGCGGUUAUGAGGGCAAAAAGCAAGUAGAGAGAAAGUUUUUUGAAAUCGAUAAAAAGUGAUUAGAGUAGUAGACUGAGCAUGUGCGAGAUUCAACCCCAAACUUGCUACACCCCUAAAUGGGGUUGAUCAAUGGAUUCAAUGAUCAAUAUAAAGAAUUAAUUCAGUGCACCCAAAAUGAACCAUUUUCAGAUAACCGCUUUGUAAAUAUACCAUUUCCAUUAUUAUGGGAAGUGUAAAGUCAAUUUAUAAUGUGAUAAAAUGUGACGGUUUGGUCCCAGAUGGUUAACAGUGUUUUGCUUCCAAAAACCCACCAACUUGACUAAACAUGCAAACAUUACGAAAAAAAACUAGUCCUUUGAAAUCAUAUUUCCUCUCAGAUAAAAACGAAACAACUCGAUUCCUGGGCGAUGGAGUGAGUUUUAAGGCCAAACUGAUCGGAAUUUUGGAAGUGUCUGAGGCCAGAGGAGACCGCAUGUGCCAGGAAGCCCUAUCCGACCUGAAAAUGGCCAUCAGAGCGGCAGGGGAACACAAACAACGCAUCACAAUUAACAUAGCCAUCGACGGUUUGCGAUUAAGGGAUGAAAAAACAGGGGACUCGCUCUACCACCACCCUGUCCACAAAAUAUCGUUUAUCGCCCAAGACAUGACCGAUUCGCGGGCCUUCGGGUACAUAUUCGGGUCCCCAGACACAGGACAUAGAUUUUUCGGGAUUAAAACAGACAAAGCCGCCAGUCAGGUCGUCAUUGCGAUGAGGGACCUGUUCCAGGUCGUUUUUGCCCUCAAGAAGAAGGAAAUCGAGCUGGCGAAACAGCAUUUGGACAAAAGCCGGUUUACAAGCUCGCCGCUGUUUUCCGACUCUUCCGUUUCCGCCACGAAGCCUGCGAGUCAAGAAACGACGAAAAGCGCGACGAACGACAGCAAGGCCUCCAAUUCCGAGGGGAAAUCGAGUGGGACUGCCGUCGCCGACUUGGUUGACCUCGAACUGGAGUUGAAUAGUCUCCAACAAGGCCUCAAUCAAAUGGAAAGGAUCACUCCUUCUGACCCUUUCGGGGCUGCUAAAGACGACCCGUUUGGGGACAGCUUCACCACUUACACUAAGCCAAUUCUGCCACCACCUCCGUCUUCGGGAAGGGAAAGGUCGAGUCGGAGUUCCGACUCAAGCAGUGUCUUCAGUCCCAGAACGCCCCACACUGCAAGUUGUGAUAAUAGUUUAAUUAAAUCGAGAGAUGAUAAAGUUAAAAAAGACGCUUUUCCCCAACAAGAUGAUUGGUUCACUCAACCAGCGAAAAGCAUCUUCAAAGAACCUCCCCUAGUGCCUGAACCCACCAAAGAUGAAAAACACGAAAUGACCAAGCAGGAAAUUCUAUCCCAAUUUGAUGUUUUCACCGAACUAGAUCCCCUAGGUACUGGUAGAAGUAAGCCAUAUAUUGAUAAGAAACAUUUCUUUCAAGAACUAAAAAAUCCGCCAAAAAAAGCUCUCAAUGAUUUGGUGUCCCAAUCCCAGCAGCAGGAGUCGAAUUUGCUCACGAAAAAGCCCCCAUUUACGAAAUUAUCGAACGAUUUUAGCACCGACCCCUUCGGCGAGGACCCUUUCGUGACCGAAGACCCCUUCGCCGAGGCGCAGGACCCCUUCGAAACGGAAUUCGCCAAUUUCAAGACGAAACAAGUGUUCCAAACGAAGUCGCCUAAAGGACCAGUAGUGGAGGGGGUGCAAAUCACCAAACAAACCACUUUCGACCAAUCAAAUUACGAGAAAUUCACACGACUCCACGACAACGCCAGUCUGGACAUGUCCUCGGGCUCGGAGUGCGCCCCCGAGCCGCCCCCUCGACCCGAAUCGAGUCUCCUGCAAAUCAAGCCGCCGCCCCUGCCUCCGAAGAAGCAAGGGGGCGAGUUUUCCGUCAAGCCCCCGCCGCGGCCGCCCCACGUCGAGGAGUCACACUACGACUACAUGGACGAGUACGAAACGGCCCCAAACAGUCUCGAGUUUAUCAAAACUAUGGACAAGAGCCCCCCGAUUCCGGUUCCGGUUCGCAAAACCAAAUUCGAACCGAGUUUCGGGACGGUGCCCGAAAGACCGAAAAAACCCUUCACUGUGCAAACCAGCGAGGAGGAUUAUUUGACACCGGUGCAGAAAAGGGCCUCCCCGAUUCUGUUGCCCCCGCCGCAGAGGGCCCUCAAGAAGGCGCAAGUGACAGUCGCCUCGUAUUUGGAAUCGAAACCGAACCUAAUCACAAGCACGGCGACGGAAAACCUGGGUUCAUUGGAGGGUUUGGACAUAACCUUAAGCCAACUGACGUUAAGUGGCUUGAAUGAGUUGGCUACGAAGUUGAAUAUUCCGACCAAUCAGUUGAGUAACAUGACUUUGGUGCAAUUGACCAAUUUUUUAUCGAAUUUUAUCAAGGCGAAGAGCCAAACCAGCACUGUUGAGGCUAAUAGUAACACAGAAAUGACUUUCAACGCCGAUUUUGCGGCGAAUUUCAACAAUUUGAACAGCAACACGAGCGAGGGCUACGACCGUUAUGCCGUUUUUCGCGAAUUGAUGAACGAGGAGAUCAAACAGACGAAAAUCGACACCGAACCGGAGGAACUCAAGGAGGAAAAAGGCAGUAUUGCGAGUUCGGUGGUCGACAGCAAUGUUAAUAAUAUUUAUAAAAGUGUUGAAGACUCGACUAAGGACAAGUACGCCGCGUUGCGUGAAAUCGUCGAAAGUGAGUUGAAAUUGAGCGAAACYAAGAAUGAGAACGAACAGAAUUUGUUGAAUGAAGAGGUGUCCAAAGACGAGACGGCUAUCAUCAAUAAUGAAAAUAAGUUUAUCGAGGAAGAGAAGGAGAAACCGGURUCACCGAAAUUCAAUUUGAUUGAGUACAGUGCCCCCAUUGAGAAAGAAGAAAAAGUAACGCCGGUGAAUAAAGUUGCGAAAAGUCCAGUUCCUGUGGCUAUUACUGAAAUUAUGCAAAGUAAUGCGAGGCUGAAUUCUGGCUCGUUAUCGGAUGUUGUCAGUGGAAGUUCACCGGAAGUGGACAAUACGGGAAGUAAUUCAGAAAUGGGGAAAAAGCCAGAAGAUGCUGCAGGCGAGAGUUGGGCGAUCUUCGACCAGGGCAACGUCCCCGCCGAAUCAGCUAAAGAAAAACAAGGAGUUCAGAGUGAAGAAGGCGUCUCGCCUUGGUCAAGCGAUUCCAAAGAAUUCGGCAACAAUUCUCCCCCAGAUUGGCGACCUGGGGAUUCAGAAAGUGGAGGUGAUCGUUGGACGAAACGACGAAUCCGACGAGACCAAGAAGGCUGGUGGGAUACUUCGGCCGAACCUGAAGUGCAAUAUUAUCCAUCCAAUCGACGAUCGACUGAUAGCUACGAGGAUGAAUAUUACGAAUGUUACGAGAAACCAAGACGCCGGAAGCAGACAGCUUAUGUUCACGGAAGUCAAGGCGGCGCUGGGGGACACUCCUCCAGCUCCAGAGACGUCAGUCCCUGGGAGGAGGAACCCAGACGAAGGGGAUGGGGGAAACAUGCCAGACAACAUUCCUUCGAAAAACACAGGGAUCGGAGGCAUACCGACAGUUGGGAUGAUGAAGAUGAUUAUGAAUACGAAGAUGAACACGUUCCGCGAUUUCAUCGUCAAAAAUGGGAAGUGGAACGAGAACGAUACAACGCACCAAACCGGGAACAUGACAUCGACAAAUGGGACCCUGAAUGGAGUGAAGAGAGUAGAAGACACCGUCGCAGACGCGAAGGGGAGAGAGAUCGAUGGUGUUGCCCAGACUGGGACAUGGGCGAGCAUGAAAAACCCAGAUACCCCAGCACUCGUUGGUCGAAUAUGGACGGCCCUCCUGGAAUGUGGCGUGAGCGUUAUUACAGCCGGGAAUCCCAAGAGUCCCCAUGGGAAGACGAGUAUUCAAACGAAGCGGAAGAAUCUUCCCAUUAUUUAACAGCAAGGAGAAACUGGAAGCGGCCGAGUAGUGCGUCCGAAAUGGACCGAAAAACGGGUGAAAUCAAGUCGCGACAUUAUUUUGGGGCAGGGGGCAGCGACGGGGAGAGGGAUAGACGGUACAAGCCCGGGCGGCGCUCCCGCAGCCGCGAUUCGCAGUAUUCGGAGUCUUCGCAUCGACAUAAACCGGAAACGGGGCCCCCAGGACGGGGAUCGCACCGAAGUAAACAGUACUCGAAACAAUUCGAAGCGGAUUUCGCUGAGAAAAAACCAAUCGAUGAACACAGCAAUAAGAAAAGCGCCACUUUAGCAAACAGGAAAAAGAAGGAAAGUCCAAAAAGUGAAGUGAAUAUUGUUAGUACCUUCCCACGYAAGUCCACRUCUCGUGCUAAAUCUUUAUUCGAGAAUGAUUUCGUUCCUUCUCAAAGUCCAAAAUUCAGUUUCGAAAAUGAUUUUGAAACGUCCGAAGCCGAYUCMCCGACUGUUGURAACAAAUCGUUGAAAGUGUUGCGACAACAAAGCAUGUUUGAGAAAAGUCAAGUGGAGAGACCAUUGAAAUUGUCGCCUAAACAGAAAUCUUUAUUUGAAGAUGAUUUUUCUCCCAGUGGGAGAGCAGAACCGUUACCUGAAGAUAGUGGCAUAUCAAGUAUCAAGGAGGAAGCAGAUCCUAAUGACAAAGAAAGCUCAUUUAGCACAAAUGCAACGAAUUCUCGGAAAAAGAAACUCAAUAAAAAUAGACUCUCCAAUAACUUUCAGUCUGAUAUUAAUAUAAAAAAGUCUGAAUCUGUAAAUAUUUUCGCGCGGGAAAGCGAUCCAUUUGAUGAUGAUUUUUUUAGCGAAAACGUGGCUAGUCACCAUUCGGAAACUUCUCCGAAAACUACGGAUCUCAAGUGGACUGAUGAUUUUGAAGAUUUUGAAGAUAAAAAUAAUUAAAGCGGCGAUUUGACCUGAUGCACGAGGGCCUCACUCGAAUUGCUUACUACGUCGUCUAAAUUAAUGUUAUUGUUACAUAAUGUAAUACUAGAGAAGCUACGUACUAAGUUACAUGUAUUUAUUUAUACUUAAAUAAGAAAUUUUUCAACUAUGUGAUUCUCUAAAAUUCCAUGUUGAGUAUUUGUACUGCUAGUGGAAGUUUUAUUUGUAAAUGAAUGAAUCUUUCGUUUCAUUGUAAUUUCUACCUCUGUUUUAAAUAUAUCAACUUUAAUUUAUUGUUA